UUUAGUCAUUUCUACUUUACCACUGACAGCAGAGCACCGCAAAGAUCCACUUUAUCCACUAUUAAUACUAAAUCUAUUCAAGAAACUACUCUUUUUUUAAAUCACAUUUAGCAAGAAUGACAUAUUUAAAAAUGUUCAUAGUGUAUGGAUGGUUUUAAUACAGUAUUUGUAUUUCAGUAAUCAUUAUUUACAGCACUGCAUAAAUUCCACGCUGUUUUGACUGAGAGUGAAUUAUUUUAGAACCUGAUGAAUCUCCACUCAGUAAUUAUCAAAUUUAUUUAUAUAGCACUUUUUAUAAUACAAAUUUUAAGUCAGUAAUGCACGAAGACAACAAAGAAUUUCAUUCAAGACAGUGGUUUUGAAGGUGUCUCAUGUAGCUGGCAACAAACUAAUGUGCAAUAAGAAAAGUUUCAGAUUUUGGAGCAAAGUGAGGUCAGUAUGGAACAAAUAUUGAACAUUAAAAUAUCCAAUACGAGAUUCUCAGAAGUAAAAAAAGGUGUGUGUUAAAUCAGUAUUUAUCUGACAAUUAAUUGCUACACUUUUUCUGUUGACUUCCUACUUUUUGUACGAAGUUAACUCGAUUUUUCACUCAAAAAAUAAACACAUGGUACAAAUUUAUGCAUUUAUCUCAUAUUUAAGUGCAUAUUGAUUCUUUCACUCUGCCCUUUACAUAAAGAUUGUUUGUUUUACAGUAAAUAAUCAGUACUGCUAGUGCAGCACAUAAAAAAUGCAAAUCUGCUAUUAGGCUUCCUCUUUUAACACCGGCUAUGGGUUCACCUCAUGCGUAUCAAACACAACAUCAGAGUGCAAAUGCAGCUAAGGGAAGAGCAAAGGCUUGAACUGAAGCCUAUUAUAAGUAACAUGUCAAAAGGAGGAAGAUAGAACGUUUUGAAACAACAUGUAAGGGUGUGUGUGUGUGUGUGUGUGUGUGUGCGAGAAAGAGAGAGAGAAGUGACACAGGAAGUCAAUGAGGUUGUGGUAAACAGACUCUACAUACCCAUUUGUGUCGACUGAGUGUGAUCACAGUGUGAUGCUUUGUGCUAAAAUGAGAAGACACUACUGAAACCCCCAGAGAAAGCAUCACGUCUCGAAAUCCUGUAAAGAGCAAAUUUGCAAAGAAGCAGACACAAAAGACAUGGGCAACAGUGGAGAGGAAGGAAAACUGCAUCGCAGACUUUCCAGAAUAGGAAGCAGAUCGCAGAGAGAGCCGCCACGACCCCCUCCUCAAACAGACAAGCCUCCAACAGUGGCUCCUCCAAGACCAGCUGAGACUGCUCCAAAACCUCCAGAACCUGCGCCAAAACCAGUUGUAAUCCCCCCAAAACCUCCAGUGGUUCAAAAGCCCACUGCCCCUCCGAAGCCACAAAUACAAGUGUUCAACAGCACAGAGCAUGGCACUGCCAUACUCAAGGGGUUGGAUUGUUUUCGUGGUGAUGAGACACUUUGCGAUGUGACUCUGGUUCCUGGUGACAGCAGUGAAACUUUCCCAGUCCACAGGGUCAUCAUGGCUUCAGCCAGUGACUACUUCAAGGCCAUGUUCACAGGUGGCAUGAGAGAGCAGGAGCUGAAGGAGAUUAAGCUCCAUGGCGUGAGCACAGUCGGCCUGAAGAACAUCAUCGAGUUCAUCUACACAUCUCGUGUGAGCCUGGGUCUCGGUACCCUUCAGGACACACUAGAGGCGGCGAGCUUCCUCCAGGUGCUUCCCGUUCUCAGCUUCUGCAACCAGCUACUCAGCAGUGAGAUCACUAUAGAAAACUGCAUGGAAGUUGAGCGCAUUGCCAGAGAUCUUCUUCUGGAAGAUGUCCAAAGACACGUCCACACUUUUGUGUGCGAGAACUUCUCCUUGCUGGUGCAGAGCGGCCAUCUCCUGCAGUUGUCCGAGGCGAGCAUAACGUUCGCCCUCUCCAGUGACUCUCUGAAGGGUUUCUCCGAAAUGGAGCUGUACCGCAUCGCCCGCUCCUGGCUGUCCCAUAAACCUAGCGAGCGGCGUUCUGCUGUUUACUCUCUGAUGCGCCACAUCCGCUUCCCUCUGAUGUCCCCUGCUGAGCUCCUCCAGAUCUCUCAGGAGGACCAGACUGAAGAAGGAGCAGCAAGCAGAGGAAAAGAGGAACGGGAGACGUUCAUGCGAUCAGACACGGCCUGUGUCAACCUCCUCCUGGAGGCCAGCAACUAUCAGAUGCUUCCCUUCCUCCAGCCGACGCUGCAGACGGAACGGACCCGGAUUCGAUCCAAUUGCACUCACCUGGUGGUUCUGGGUGGUGUGAUGAGGCAGCAACUGGUGGUCAGCAAAGAGCUCAAGCUGUACGAUGAGGAAGACGGAGGCACUUGGAGGUCCCUCCAACCUAUGGAGGUGCCACGUUACCAGCACGGAGUGGCUCUUCUAGGGGGCUUUCUUUACAUUGUUGGAGGUCAGAGCACUUACGACACCAAGGGUAAGACAGCUGUGGACAGUGCGUACAGGUAUGAUCCUCGCUUUGACCGCUGGUUGCAGGUGGCCUCUCUGAAUGAGAAGAGGACGUUCUUCCAUCUGAGUGCUCUUAAGGGGAAGCUGUAUGCUGUUGGAGGGAGAAAUGCCACUGGGGAGAUUGAUUCGGUGGAGUGCUACAACUUGAACAAUAAUGAGUGGACUUUUGUUGCACCGAUGAGUGAACCUCACUAUGGACAUGCUGGCACAGUACAUGGAGGUCUGAUGUAUGUGUCGGGUGGUAUUACAAGAGAUGCUUUCCAGAAAGAGCUGCUAUGUUAUGACCCUGAUAGAGACGUGUGGAGCAGGCGAGCAGACAUGAUGGAGCUUCGUGGUCUUCACUGCAUGUGCACCGUGGGCGACCGCCUCUACGUCAUGGGUGGAAACCACUUCCGGGGGACAAAUGACUAUGAUGAUGUGCUAAGCUCUGAGUUCUACAGCCCUGCAACUGACCAGUGGACAGUGGUGGCUCCGAUGCCCAAGGGUCAGAGCGAUGUGGGGGUGGCCAUCUUUAAGGGCUGCAUCUACGUGGUGGGUGGUUACUCCUGGAACAGCAGGUGUAUGGUGGAUAUCGUGCAGUGUUAUGACCCUGAGAAGGAUGAGUGGGAGAAGGUCUUCAGUGUCCUGGAGCCUCUCGGAGGCAUAAGGGCCUGCACUAUGACAGUUCAUUGCCCAAGACGUUCAACAGAUGAGGCUGAAAUACAAGAGUGUCCUCUUUUAACAUCCAAAAGCUGAACAGAUGGUUUAAUAUUGUUAUUGGCCUUUAAAUGUGAGAUACUGAAGUUAGCUUCACAUUGCCAGUGAUGUGUGUUGCAAAAACAGGUUGAAUGAUUUGAUUACUGUACAUGCCACUUUAUUAAUGUCUGAGCUGGGGUGAGGGAAAAUAAUUUGCUUGUAAAAAAAAA